AUCCCUAGCGCGACACACAAACCGCAGGCGGCUUGAUCUCUGUGACAUUGAAGUUGUGAUUGGAAAACACCACAUGUUAUCUGGCUUAUUGCGACGAGGCCUACAGCGACCACAGCUUAUCCAACAUCUAAGCGAACAGCUAUUCGUCGGCGCACCCGUACUCUGCACCCAAGUCCGUAAGAUGGAAGACAUUGCACUGGACGCGGCAAAGAAAACUGCGGCCCGCACGGCCGUGGAUCAGUGGGUCACUGAGGACACGAAGAUUUUGGGCAUCGGAAGCGGUUCCACCGUCGUCUAUGCUGUCCAGCGGAUCGCAGAGCGGGUGUGGAAGGAGGGAGAGCUCACCGACCUCAUCUGCGUGCCCUCGUCCUACCAGGCGCACCACUUGAUACUCGAUUACAACCUCAACUUGGGCGAUCUGGACAGGAAUCCCAACAUUGAUGUGGCCAUUGACGGGGCGGACGAGGUGGACCGGCGUUUGGUGCUGAUCAAGGGCGGCGGCGGCUGUCUGCUCCAGGAGAAGGUGGUGGCCUCCUGCGCCAAGAACUUCAUCGUGGUGGCCGACUACACAAAGAACUCCUUGCGCUUGGGCGAACAAUGGUGCCGCGGGGUUCCCAUCGAGGUGGCUCCCAUGGCCUACGUGCCCAUCAAGCUCCACAUCGAAGCCCUGUUCGGCGGAGAAGCCUCGCUGCGCAUGGCCAAGGUCAAGGCGGGACCCAUCGUCACGGAUAAUGGCAACUUCCUGCUGGACUGGAAGUUCAUCGCCAACAGGGAGUACGACUGGGACGAGGUCAACCGGGCCAUCACCAUGAUUCCGGGUGUUCUCGAGACGGGACUGUUCGUCAACAUGGCCCAAAAGUGCUAUUUCGGCAUGGCCGAUGGCACUGUCAAGGUCCAGAACAAGUAGUUCUAAGGGGUUUCUCAAUAAAGUUUGACUAACCAUUAUGUUUUCUUGAAUAAAGUUGGAGGUGCCUUUGUAGCGCUAUUUUAUGCAUUUAUCUAUACCUAUAUACUGUUCAUAUGAGGUGAAGUUGCUAACGACAAUAAAUAAAGUUGAAGUUCAUAUUCCAAGAUA